UCCUGCAUCUGAAGACUGAUUUUCUAAAUUGAUACGUGUGUAUUUCAAGUUGCAAUGCCUGUGUUCGACGAUCUUCGUUGAAUCGUUUCUGGUUUGGUUGGAAAUUUUAAUUGUCACAGGUCUCCACACUUCACCCGAUUCGAUCCGUCAUCAUCUCCAUCCUCAUGUUCGAUCUUAUACUCCAUUUUUCUUGUAAGACGAGGAUGAUUCGUUCGAACCCUAAGCCCCUUUUGGUCCUUUUGUUGCCCUUCUUUCUUCACCGUCACUCUUCUCUCUUCAACGUCGCUGUUGCUCUGUAAUCUCUCUCCACCUGCUGCAACCUCUGAGCUCGUCGCCGAUCUGCUCUCUUCUAUUCUUCUGUGCCUCUCUCCGCCGCUGCUCUGUUUUUGCUGCAAAUCUGCUCUGGCCGCCGAUUAGAUAUCGCGGCAGCUCUGCUCUUGCCGUUGCUGCUGUGCUCUCUGUCGCCGCCGGUCAAUUAUCUCAACCUGUCUGCUCUCUUGUAGAUUUCUGUGCCUACGCCGCUGCUCUGUUUUCGCUGCAAAUAUUCUCUCACAGCCGUUCAGAUCGCUGUCUCUGCUGUUCUUUCUGCUUGCGCAAUCUCCGUCGCUUCCUCGUACUCGCUCGCCGCCGAAUGAUGUCGUCUUCGGACAUUACUGGAAUCUUGGAUAACUCAAAGGAGCUUGAUCGGUUAAGGAAAGAGCAGGAGGAUAUUCUGCUUGAGAUCAACAGGCUCCACAAGAAGCUUCAAACAGCUCCUGAAGUAGUUGAGAAGCCUGGGGAUAAUUCAUUAGCCAGGCUUAAAAUUUUGUAUACUCAAGCAAAAGAUCUUUCAGAUAGUGAAGCACAAAUUUCCUCUUUACUGAUAAACCAACUUGAUACACUACUGCCUUCAGGACAAGGUCAACCACGAAGAAGAAUAGAAGGUAAUGAGCAGAAAAGGAAACGAGUGAAGACCGAGUCAGAUAUUUCUAGGAUGAGCAAUCUUAAGGGUGAGCAGGUAGCAGCUAGGGUCACACCACGUAAUGCUGAUAAGGAUGAAUGGUUUGUUGUUAAAGUGAUCCAUUUUGAUAAGGAAUCAAAAGAAGUUGAAGUUCUAGAUGAAGAACCUGGUGAUGAUGAAGAGGGAAGCGGCCAAAGACAAUACAAGCUUCCCAUGGGAAAUAUAAUUCCUUUCCCAAAGAGCAAUGAUCCUUCAGGUGCUCCGGAUUUCCCGCCAGGCUCACAUGUUUUGGCGGUCUAUCCAGGAACUACUGCACUGUACAAAGCAACAGUUGUACAUGGCCAUCGCAAGGUAAUGGUUUCUUUCUAUGUGUUGGAAUUUGAUGAUGAUGAAGAAGAUGGGUCUUUGCCUCAAAGGACGGUUCCCUUCCACAAGGUGGUUGCUCUGCCAGAGGGCCAUCGCCAAUGAAUUUAAGCAAUUUAGGGUUGGUUUGUGAGUUGGGUUAAAAAGGGAGGAAAUGAAAGGUUUGUAAUGUAAAUUUUAGACUAAAUGCUCCGAACUCCAAACCCAAACUUAUGAACAACCCUUAUAGUUUGUGUAUAAAGUAGGAAUGGCGUUGUUGCUUUACGUGCUGGUUGUGUAAUAUGAUUUGUUAUAUUCUCAUUUUUGUGUAAUGAUCACUGACUAAUAUUAUGUUUGGAUGGGAAAAAGAUUUUCUUAAGUGAGGAGAUUGUAAAGUGAUAAAAUGAGUAAUUUAAUUAAUUACUAUUGAAUUUGUAAAUUUUA